AUGCAUGGUGGAGGUGGUCCGGGUGGAGGUGGCGGUCCAGGAGGAGGAGGACCUGGUGGAUGGGGUGGAGGUCCUGGAGGACCGGGAGGGCCUGGUGGAUGGGGCCCUGGUCCGGGAGGACCUGGUGGAUGGGGCCCUGGUCCAGGAGGGCCUGGAGGUCCAGGAGGACCAUGGGGUCCUGGCCCGGGUGGACCAUGGGGUCCUGGGCCUGGCGGACCUUGGGGUCUGGGAUUCUUUGGCGGGUUUGGCAAUGGCCUAUGCGAUAUGAUAUCUUCUUGCUUCUACUGCUUGUGCUGCUGUUGCUUGCUAGAUGAAUGCUUUGGUGGACCUCGUGGUGGAUAUGGACCUCCUGGAGGACCUGGAGGACCUCCUCCUCCGUUCUGAUGAAGUUCAUUUGUUACUACUAUAUUGAGGUUGGCUGCAUCUAUAUUUCUAUGUAGUACGUAAUAAUCAAGAGCUCUAUAUAUAUAAUUACGAAGCUCUCCACUGGACGCAGCUUAUUAUCGCCACUUUGCAUUUUGAGUUUUUUUAAUGUCAGCUUAUUCUUACCACAUUUGUUAAUCUAGACUUCAGUGAAAGGUUGUGAGCUUCAUGCUGAAUGCUUCAGUGAAAGUGUAACGAGAACCUUGUUUACUUCCAAAUUGAAAUGAGAUAGACACUUGUUCACACCUGUAAUUAAUCCCUUUGAGAGAUGAUUUACUUGUUCAAUGAGCUCGUGGAGAAUGAUCUUAUAUUGAGCUAUAUAAGUACUGUCACUCGGUUGCGGGGUGGAUUUUUGUAUUUAUUCUUGAAUUAAAUGACUCGUUCAAAUGUUCAGAUUGUUUGUAGUCAUAUAUGUUGGAAUGGUAAGUAGCAAAAUAAGAUAAAUGGUCUGGUUUGACUUACAGUUACAAGUUUGAGUUCAAAGAAGUUGUUAGAAGUGUCUUGAUGUGGUGCUGGCAAUGGGAUUACAUAGGGGGUAAGCUAACUCAAGUUGGAUCAGGCUGAUCAGCCGAUCAGCUACAUCUGGAGUACUCUUAGAAAGUUCUUUUGUUUGCCAUUCUUAUUUUACUUGGCUACCUGUGUUUGCUACCUGUGGUGUUCCCAAUAUUGAAAUAAAAGGUCAGUGAUGGAUGGCAGA